AUUGACAGACAUGUGGAUAUGAAUUAACUGAACGUCUCUGUCACGCUUGAGUGUCUGACUGUGGGAGGGGAGGGGUCUAGACAGGAACUACAACCGCGGUCCGACACCUAUGAUCUGACAGCUACUAAACUGCAGCUCCCCUGCCACACUUUCAAACGCUGUCGCUCUGUGGUGCACUCCAGUAAUCGGCCAUUUUUUGCGCCUCCAAUCCGCCUUCCUGCAAACUGUUUUUCAACCGCUUGAGAUCCUGCACCGAGUGUGUUUUCCGGUACAGUUUGUGUAGCAGGCGGAACCGAGUGGGCCAUGGCCUUCCUUGGAAGCGCAGUUCGGCGGGUGGUGUCGGCGGUUCGGCCUCCUCUCUCCCCCUUGUGCCGGACAACCGCUCGGUCCUACAGCUCAGAGCCCACCAAAGAAAAAAAUGUUCCCUAUGAGAAGACGCUCAAACAGACGGAUGGAGCCUCUUCUGGACCCACUAAACCUUUACCCAGGUCAGCAGACGUGGUGGUGAUCGGAGGAGGCAGUCUGGGCUGUCAGACCAUCUACCACCUGGCUAAAAUGGGGAUGUCCAAUGCAGUUCUGCUGGAGAGGGACAGACUGACUGCUGGCACCACCUGGCACACUGCAGGCCUGCUGUGGCAGCUGCGUCCCAGUGAUGUUGAGGUAGAGCUCCUGGCCCACACCAGGAAUGUGGUCAGCAAAGACCUGGAGGCGGAGACGGGUCUCCACACAGGCUGGAUCCAGAAUGGAGGUCUCUUCAUUGCCUCCAACAAACAGAGGCUGGACGAGUACAAGCGCCUCAUGUCGCUGGGUAAAGUUUAUGGCAUCGAGUCCCAUGUCCUGUCACCUGCGGAGACCAAAGACCUGUAUCCCCUGAUGAAUGUUGAUGACCUGUACGGAACCCUGUACGUACCAAAAGAUGGUACCAUGGACCCAGCAGGCACCUGCACCACCCUGAGCAGAGCCGCCACCGCCAGGGGAGCCACGGUGAUUGAGAACUGCCCUGUGACUGGUAUCCAAGUGCAGACAGAUGACUUUGGUGUGAAGAGGGUGAAGGCAGUGGAGACUGAUCAUGGGACCAUAGAGACGCCUUGUGUGGUGAACUGUGCAGGUGCGUGGGCCACCAAGCUGGGGCAAAUGGCCGGAGUCAAGGUGCCUCUUAUUGUGAUGCACCAUGCCUAUGUGGUGACAGAGAGAAUUGAAGGCAUACAGAACAUGCCAAACGUCAGGGACCAUGAUGCAUCGGUGUACCUGCGCCUCCAGGGUGACGCCCUGUCCGUGGGUGGCUAUGAACCCAACCCCAUCUUCUGGGAUGAGGUGUCUGAUAAGUUUGCCUUCAGCCUGUUUGACCUGGACUGGGAUGUAUUCAUGCAACACAUUGAGGGCGCGAUCAACAGAGUUCCCGUUCUGGAGCAGACUGGUAUCAAAUCCACCGUCUGUGGACCAGAAUCAUUUACAGCUGACCACAAGCCGCUGAUGGGAGAAGCCCCAGAGGUCAGAGGUUUCUUCCUGGGCUGUGGCUUCAACAGUGCUGGCAUGAUGUUGGGAGGUGGAUGUGGUAAAGAGCUGGCUCACUGGGUCAUACACGGACGCCCUGAAAAGGACAUGUAUGGAUACGACAUCAGGCGUUUCCAUAAUUCGCUGACAGACAACGCAAAAUGGAUCAGAGAGAGGAGCCACGAGUCGUAUGCUAAAAACUACUCUGUGGUGUUCCCCUUUGAUGAGCCGCUAGCCAGCCGGAACAUGAGGAAGGACCCUUUCCAUCAGGUGCUGACGGAGCAGGGCUGCGUAUUCCAGGAGAGACAUGGCUGGGAGAGACCUGGCUGGUUCAACAAAGACGGGCCUGCACCUCUUAAAGACUAUGAUUACUACGGGGCGUAUGACAUUAAGAGGAAUGUGAACUACAAGUACAACGAAUUGCUGGGAAAGGAGUACACCUUUGACUUCCCUCCGCAUCAUGACGUGAUAAAGAGUGAGUGCCUCUCAUGUAGACACGGUGUGGCAGUGUUUGACAUGUCCUACUUUGGAAAGUUCUAUCUCACCGGACCAGAUGCCAAGAAGGCGGCUGAUUGGCUGUUCACUGCUGAUGUCAACAAGAAGCCAGGCUCCACUGUGUAUACCUGCAUGCUGAAUAAGAGAGGAGGGGCAGAGGCUGACCUGACAGUGAGCAGACUGGAGCCUGGUGCUGCCAACCUGCCCCUGGCACCACAGUCCAAUGGUGAUGCAUACUACCUGGCCAUUGGAGGCGGUGUAGCAGAACACAACUGGAACCACAUUAGAACAGUUCUUCAGGACCAAGGCUUCCACUGCCAGCUGACAGACCACUCUGAGGACAUGGGGAUGAUCAGCAUCCAGGGACCCAAGAGUCGAGAGGUGCUUCAGGAGGUGUUGGACACAGACCUGAGCAACGAAGCUUUCCCCUUCUCUUCCCACAAAGUUGUUAAUGCAGUCGGGCAUCAGGUGCGAGCGAUGCGUCUGUCGUUUGUCGGAGAGCUCGGCUGGGAGUUGCACAUUCCCAAAGACGCUUGCCUUCCAGUCUACCAUGCUGUCAUGGCUGCUGGGAAAAAGCACGGCAUCAUCAACUCAGGAUACAGAGCUAUUGACUCACUCAGCAUAGAGAAAGGGUACAGACACUGGCACGCUGACCUUCGCCCAGAUGACACCCCCUUGGAGUCGGGGCUAGGCUUCACCUGCAAACUGAAGAGCUCGAUCCCGUUCCAGGGCCGUGAUAGGCUGGAGAAGCAGAAGGAGGAGGGGCUGAAGAGGCGCAUCGUCUGCUUCACCAUUGACGAGAAAGUACCGAUGUUCGGUCUGGAGGCCAUUUUCCGUAACGGCACGCCUGUUGGUCAUAUACGGCGUUCUGACUAUGGGUUCUUUAUCGACAAAACCAUCGCAUAUGGAUACAUCCGCAACCCUGAUGGAGGAGUGGUGAGUGCCGAUUUCAUAAAGAGCGGCGAGUUCACCCUGGAGAGGAUGGGAGUGCCGUACAAGGCCAAGGCCCACCUCAAAUCUCCAUUUGACCCUGAGAAUAAACGCGUCAAGGGCAUCUACGCCUGAGAGGGACCACAAGUGAAAACUGAAGAAAACACACUCUGGUUGGAGAAUCAGGCUGAGAGAGGUGCAACUGUGAUUUUUUUUACAUGCAGAUGCAGCUGUUUUAGUCUGAACUACUUCGUCAAAAAAUUAUGCAUCUUUAAUGUAAUAAUAAUUUUAUAAAGAUUAUGUCUGUGAUUAUAUCUGUGAACUGGAGCUAAUGAGAUGGAGUUUUUGUAGAUGGUCUGAAAUCUGUAUCAAGAUAUAAAAGAGGUGCUGAUUUUAAUCUGGUAUGAAUGUUUUGUUGUGAAGCUCUGUGUGUGAGAGUAACACUGUUCUCUUGUGAAUGCGCUCAUGUGAGUAGCGUUAUUGUGUAAACAAAAUCAAGAGGUAAACCUAUUGUGUUAUCUUCACUAAUCAAAUAAGUGUUGCCAGUAAUCCUGGGUAAACUGAAGAAGACCCUAACACAAUCUAGCUAACUCUGAUAAAGCCUGCGCCUCUUCUGGAUUAAUUUUAAGGACUAAAAUAAUAGCACAUGAUCAAUCUUUAGUUUUAGAAAUAGAAACUAAACUAAACAAUCUUUGCUCUCUUUUUAGACAAUAGAGACAAAUCAAACUAAUUCAGAAUGUCCAAGCCUUAACACUCGAUAACUCAGGAAGUCUUAAUUUAUCUUUAUGAAUAACUAGCAGCUGUCAUAGCAGUGGACCUUAGGACAGUAUUCAUUACCAUAAUUAUAGGUAUGAUGCUAAUGUUUUAUAUGAAGCACAGUCAGCGAACGACAGUAAUGAUAAGGGCUAAAAAAGCAGUCAUGCAUGUGUGUAAAGUAAAUACUGUAAAUUCUCAAUUAAGCCCCAUUUCAACCAAGCAGUAUGGUACGGUACAGUUGAGGUCUGUAUUAUUAUUAUUAUUAU